UCGGGCGCUGGGCGGCGCUGCCUCGGCUCGUCUCGGCUCCGGCCCCGGCCGCAGCUCCUGUGGGGGUAGGCGACGGGAAUGACAGCGGUUGGGGUGGCGGCGGCUGCAGCGCGGAGCUGAACGAGCGGCGUGCGAGCCGGGAGAAGAGGAGGAAGUAGAGCCGCGGUCCGGAGCUCGGGAGUCAGCCGCCGCACCGAGGUCCGCCCCAUUUUUCAGAGCGAGCAGAGUCCGGACCUAGAAAGACUUCUCCGUCCAGCUCCGGCCGCGGCGGCUCCUCGCUGGCGUCCUGACCUGCCCCGAUUGCCCUGGCCCCGGGUUCCGCGCCCGGACCCUCUCAGCCCUGCGGUCCGGGGCACCGUGGACGGGACGCUUGGAGCCCCCGACCCUGAUCCAGUGCACCUGGGCGAGACUCUCCUGGCCCACCAUACCGAUCCACGGUUGCGGGCUCGUUCCCAGCCUUUCUAUAGUGUGUGUUGGAGCCCCCAGCCCUCCGUCCGGGGUUAACGCAGGGUGUCCCCAGGGCCCCGAUUGAGAGCUAAGGAGCCCGGACAACCCCCAGACUCUGUUAACCCGAGACCCGGACCUGCAGCUGCCUCCGACACGGUGCUGCUUCGCCCAGGAAGCCCCGGCCCGGGUCCAGCGCCCCGUGAGCGGUCCCACGCGGGCUGGACAGUCUGACAGAACCGAACCGGGGUGGUGCUGUGAGCUGAAGUUGCCACCUUCCUGCUGUCCCAGGCGAGGGGCGAGGGGCUUGCCCCAAAGAGAACACGGGCCCUUCUGCCCCGGCGGCUGGCGAGAGCCGAGAGCUGCAGCUCUCCCGGUGAAGUGACAUCACCAACUCCGUGGACAGGACACCUCCUGGGAGCCUAGCUCACUGCCACUGGUACCUUCUUCCAGGACCAGCCUGGGGCCUCCAUGGGCUCCUGAGGGCUGGGCACCAGGGCCUCGGGUACGAGCAUGGUGAGACACCAGCCCCUGCAGUACUAUGAGCCCCAGCUGUGCCUCUCCUGCCUCACGGGCAUCUACGGCUGCCGCUGGAAACGCUACCAGCGCUCGCAUGAUGACACCACACCGUGGGAACGCCUCUGGUUCCUGCUCCUCACCAUCACCUUCGGCCUCACGCUUACCUGGCUCUACUUCUGGUGGGAAGUCCACAAUGACUACGAUGAAUUCAACUGGUACCUCUACAACCGAAUGGGCUACUGGAGUGAUUGGUUUGUGCCCAUCCUCAUGACCACGGCCGCUGCCUUCACUUACAUCGCAGGCCUCCUGGUCCUGGCACUAUGUCACAUUGCCGUGGGGCAGCAGAUGAACCUGCACUGGCUGCACAAGAUAGGGCUGGUGGUCAUCCUGGCAUCCACGGUGGUGGCCAUGUCAGCUGUGGCCCAACUGUGGGAGGACGAGUGGGAGGUGCUGCUGAUCUCCCUGCAGGGCACAGCGCCGUUCCUGCACAUGGGGGCCCUGGCCGCCAUCACUGUGCUCUCCUGGAUCGUGGCAGGACAGUUCGCCCGCACAGAGCGGUCCUCCUCCCAGGUGGCCAUCCUCUGCACCUUUUUUGCCGUGGUGUUUGCCCUCUACCUGGCCCCUCUUACCAUCUCCUCUCCCUGCCUCAUGGAGAAAAAGGACCUGGGCCCCAAGCCCUCCCUCAUCGGCCACCGCGGGGCCCCCAUGCUGGCCCCAGAGCACACACUGAUGUCCUUCCGGAAGGCCCUAGAGCAGAAGCUGUACGGGUUACAAGCUGAUGUCACUAUCAGCCUGGACGGCGUGCCCUUCCUCAUGCAUGACACCACCUUGCGGCGCACCACCAACGUGGAGGAGGAGUUCCCGGAGCUCGCCCGCAGGCCCGCCUCCAUGCUCAACUGGACUGUCCUGCAGAGGCUCAACGCUGGCCAGUGGUUCCUGAAGACGGACCCCUUCUGGACAGCCAGCUCCCUGUCACCCUCCGACCACAGGGAGGUCCAGAACCAGUCCAUCUGCAGCCUAGCGGAGCUCCUAGAGUUGGCCAAGGGCAAUGCCACACUGUUGCUCAACCUGCGUGACCCUCCACGGGAGCACCCCUACCGUGGCAGCUUCCUCAACAUCACACUGGAGGCUUUGCUGCGCUCAGGCUUCCCCCAGCACCAGGUCAUGUGGCUCCCUAACAGGCAGAGACCCUUUGUGCGGAAGGUGGCUCCUGGCUUCCAGCAGACAUCAGGCUCCAAGGAGGCAGCCACCAGCCUGCGGAGAGGCCACAUCCAGCGGCUGAAUCUGCGCUACACUCAGGUGUCCCGCCAGGAGCUCAGGGACUACGCAUCCUGGAACCUGAGUGUGAACCUCUACACGGUCAAUGCGCCAUGGCUCUUCUCCCUGCUGUGGUGUGCGGGGGUCCCGUCCGUCACCUCUGACAAUGCCCACACCCUGUCCCAGGUGCCUUCCCCUCUCUGGAUCAUGCCCCCGGAUGAGUACUGUCUCAUGUGGGUCACCGCCGACCUGAUCUCCUUCAUCCUCAUCAUUGGCAUCUUCGUGCUCCAGAAGUGGCGCUUGGGUGGCAUACGAAGCUACAACCCCGAGCAGAUCAUGCUGAGCGCAGCAGUGCGCCGGACCAGCCGGGAUGUCAGCAUCAUGAAGGAGAAGCUCAUCUUCUCAGAGAUCAGCGAUGGCAUGGAGGUCUCCGACGAGCUCUCUGUUUGUUCAGACAACAGUUAUGAUACGUACGCCAACAGCGCCACCACCUCUGUGGAUCCCCGAGGGAUUGGCAGCCGUGCCAAGACCAUUACAGUCCGGAGUGGCCGUUAGCUGAACACUUGUCUUCCCAGGCUAUACCUAACAUGGAGACCGGGGAUCCCAGGAGAGCUGGCAGAAGUGUGUCUGGACUCGGAGUGCUCUGGGAGCUGGCUCCAUGGCCUCCUUUUUGGUUCCAGCCCCUUGUCUGCCAUGGCCUCUCUUGGAAGGGGCACCACUCUCCCCUGAGGCCCAGCAGGGCCAGGACUCCAGCUUCUCAGAUGCCCCUGCAGGCCUGGGGCACCUUCUCCUGGGAAAUGGUGGGCCUGAGGCCUAGUCCUCCCCUGAGGCCCUCCCUUGUAUCCUGACCUAGAAGUUUUGAUGGGUCACUGGGCCAUGCCAUGCCUCCUGUGGCAGUGGAGGCUGUCAGUGCCCACAUGUGACCAUUGUCCUAUCUGUGCUGUGAGGCAGCUGACUUCUCUAAGUUUUUCCUCUCUCGAGGGCCUGGGCUGGGCCUCUGCCCCCAGCAGCUCUACUCUUCAUGUCAGUCUCAAAGCACAAGAAGGUUCAGCUCAGGAGGAAAGCAUGCUACAGUGGUGGAUACCUCUCAUGACUCUACUGGUCCUGCCUCAGGAAAGGGCCUGACCCAUGUCCUCUAGGAGCAGCUGGAGAUGACCAGAAGAGCAGGCUCAGGGCUCAGUCCCAUGCCCAAGUGUCCAACAGGCCUCUGGGGCAGAGUGGCCUGGAGGCCCUGGAGAUCCACAGACUGACAUGACCUCAGUUCUCAAGUUGGCCACAGGGCAGGAGCCACCUGAGAAAAGUGCUUUGGGCAUGGUCAAGGGUUGGUGUGUGGCCCAGGAGGCCUGCAGUAGAGGGAGCCUGAGAGGCCUUGGCCAAGGUGAUUAAAGCUGCCAUCUUGACAUAUGUCAUCUCUUAACUGGCAGUGGGAGGGUGGGAACAGAGCUUGCUGGGUUUGAGAUUCAGUCUUGCCCCCAUGAUUUGAGGAAGAGCCAUUUUCAGAAAUGAGGAGAGUAGCAGGGUAGGUGAGUCCCUCUCCCAUAUUACCAAGGCUCCAAGGGUUUCUUAACAGCCCUGGGGUUGGGUACCAGUAUCCCUGUAUUUGGCUGGGGGAGACAGUCUUUGAGAGGCAAAGUGACCAGCCAAGGCCACACAGUUCAGUACAGGCAAAGCCAGAAUCUCACCCAGGCUCUGGCCCUAGAGUGUGCACAUGCCUUCUGUUACCAGCUGGGAACGGCACAGCAGAUGGGGAGGCCUCCUGGGCCUGAAUGUAAGGGUGGGCAAUGGGACCAGGAGGUCCCUUCACAGCCACAUGGAGGCUUUCUGAAGUUCCUGGCUUAUGGAGGGACAGGCCCUCAGCCAGGAGAUGCCUUUCCCCCAUGGCAGAGGUUUGGCUUGGACUUUGCAAGGUUUUGGACGUGACUGAAGGGGGCCCAUACCAUUCCUGGUACAGUGGGGUGUCUCCUAGCUGAACGCCCAAAUACAGCCCGAGACCACAGAUGUCCUUUCCUGUCUUUCAGUCGUUGGAGCUCUGCACUCUGUGAAGGUCAGUGGCAGAGUAGGGCAAGUCUGUAACUCCCAUCUUUAUCCUGAGAGUCUCUGUGGUCUUGGGUGUGUCCUAAAGGGGAAGGAGGGAAGCUGAACCCUGGCACCAGCCUGCAUUAAAUAAAUGCAGUGCUUCCUGGGA